AAUUUGAUCAACAGGACGCCAUUACUGUCUGAAACCAGAUCCACAUUUAAUCAUGGACCCCCAUACCAGUGCCCAGGACGUGAUGAGAUGCGACCUGUGUGAGACUGCUGUGGUACAGAUGCACUGUGAUACAUGUCUUGUCAACCUAUGUAAGGCCUGUGUGGGAGAACACAUGAUCUCUGAUGAAUCCAAGAAACAUGAUAUUGUGAAAUUCAAGCUUCGAAAAACCACUCCCAAAUACCCAGGAUGCACAUUUCAUGCUAAAGAACGGUGUGAAAUGUACUGUAAUCACUGUGACAUUCCUGUCUGCAUAAAUUGCAUUGCAUCUGAUCAACACAAAGGUCACACAUUUUUGAAAAUUUUACAAGUUUUGGAUGAAAGAAAAAACAAAAUUAUGAAAGACCUAACUGAAUUAAAUGAGACUAUAUAUCCAACCUACCAGGACAUUGCCUCUGAUGUACAAAACAGAAUGAGUAAGUUACAAAAGAAAUAUGGAGAUCUCUCAACAGCCAUAACAAAGCAUGGAGAGGACUGGCACAGAGAAAUUGACAAACUUGUCCAGAAACUUAAAGCUGAAGUUGAUGAGAUGAAAAACACACAUUUACAAACUCUACAGAAAGAUCUGGAUGAAAUUAACAAGACAAUGUCUGACAUCAAGGAUGAAAUUGAUUCAAAUGAUGUCAUAGUAAAUGAAAAUGAUAUUUCAAAACUAUUCAGUGUAACAUAUGACUUAAGCAGAUACAGAAAUCUUCCAGAGAAAAUAGUACCUUCUUUACCAAAGUUUACUCCAGGUAGAAUUGGAGAAGAACUUGGUAAAUUAUUUGGAACUUUAUCAUCAAGUUCUUUAACUUCAGAUAAACAUGGCUACAGCAUGAAGACAAUACAGAAAUCACCAGAAGCUGGAUCCUCUCCUCCAGUCAAACAACUGCUUGAUCAACCAGAGACUGUCACCACCAUAGACACUGGGUAUGAUGAAUACCUUCUAAAUGUGGCCUGUCUGAGUGAUAAAAAAAUCUGGACAUGUGGAAAUGGCAACACCAUGAAACUCUUCAGCAUCAAUCAGGGAUCACGACUCAAGUCAAUCAGAACCAAGUCAGGGUACGCACCAUAUGACAUAGCAGUGACAAAAAGUGGAGAUCUAGUUUAUACUGAUUACAUUGAUAGCACUGUGAACAUUGUGAAGAAUGAGAAGAUAGAGGAGGUGAUCAGACUACAGAACUGGAAACCUAUGGGUGUCUGUAGUACCUCCUCUGGUGACCUCCUGGUUAUCAUGGUCAGUGAUGAUGACAAACAAACAAAAGUUGUCCGUUACUCUGGCUCCACAGAGAAACAAACCAUUCAGUUUGAUGAUAAAGGUAAACCUCUCUAUUCAUCUGGUCAUUAUAACAGAUACAUAACAGAGAACAGGAACCUGGAUAUCUGUGUGUCUGAUGAGGAAGCUAGAGCAGUAGUAGUGGUCAAUCAGGCCGGGAAACUGAGAUUCAGGUACACUGGACAUACUCCUGCUCCAAAGAACCAACCAUUCAGUCCACGAGGAAUCACCACAGACAGUCAGAGUCACAUCCUUACAGCUGAUUAUAACAAUGACUGUGUCCACAUCAUAGACCAGGAUGGACAGUUCCUCCGUUACAUACACUGUGGACUGAGUAAACCCAUGGGACUGUGUAUAGAUACAAAUGACAAUCUGUUUGUUUCUCAAUGGUUAAACAGACAAGUGAAGAAAAUCAAAUAUCUCCAGUGAAUUAUAAUAUUACAUAUUUACAAAACUUUUCUUUGUGGAAUAUUAUACAUCUUCAUUCAUUUUGUGCAAUUUAUGCAAAUGAUAAUCUUUUAUGUAACAGGGAACAUACAAAGAAAAUCAAAUAU